UGAACCAUUACAACCAUCUUCAUCAUUGCACAGUCCAUUGCUUUAUUUUGUUUACCGACAACCCGUACAAUAUGUCUGGACACCGCUGCCGCCAACCGCCAUAUUACGGAGGCCACCACCCACAACCACAAACAGUUACCUACGUGCAAACUCCUGUGAUAAUACCUGGUUACGAGCCACCGCCACCACCUCCGGGCCCUGAGCAUUGCCAGCCUACCUACGUCACUAACUACAUUAUCAAUCACCCUACAGAUCCUGUACAAGUUGUUAACCCACCUUUGAACAAAGACAAAAGAAGACAAAUAAGCAAGAAUUUGCCACCAUCUUAUUGCAAACCGUUACACACUCUCUCCGCUGCAGUAAAGAAAGCAACGCCUCUGCAGGAUUGUAUUCAGUGGGUUCCAUCAAGCCCUCACAGCGCCCAAAGCCUUAGCCAUCGUGCUGUAGUAGCCGGCAAGGAAGGAUAUGACAGCAGCCCUCUAUGGGUUAUCAGAGCUCAUCAUAGUGGGGACCAUAUUCCUGGUAAACUUGCCAUCAAACACAAACAAGCAUAUGUUGCUUUUGGAGGCAAUGAAGUGAUCGUUCAUAACUUCGAGGUGUUGUGUGCCCCAGCUCAUUUAAUACGUUGGAAGCCAGCGAGCAACGGCGCAGUCCCCGCUGGAGCCAUCCCAGGCGGCCAUACUAAAACUGGGGAAACACUAUACAUUGCCAGAGUGGAUCAUAUGAACUCUCUUACACCUGGAAAGGUACAUCGCAGCCAUGGCUGUAUGUACAUUUCAUUCGGCGGCAAAGAAGUGCGUCACACACAGUAUGAAGUUCUCUGCAAAAUUGGUGCUUAGUAGAAGACAGAAAAUUUACAGUACGUUCAGGCGAUUGCAAACCCAAAAUUCACAAACAUUUACAUUCAUAUCUCUGUUACAUAUCGAUGUUUUAAUGAACUGUGAGUAGACAAAUCGAAGAAAUAUGAUAUUUUACCUUGACUAUCUAUAUCAUUAUCUUAUUGUGUUUAAAAUAUGAUUACGCUCUUAUCA